AUGGACCGUUUUCAACACCUCGACGAGGACGUCGCAAACCUCAUCAUCCAACAUGGUUUCCUCGAUCUUAACACAGUGCGCUUCGCCACCGACCGAGAGGUUGAACAUGCAGCAACACUAGCGCUCGAGAUGGCUACCCUAGACCAGCAGCUCGCUAUUGCCCUGAGACAGAGCACCAUAGCAGAUGACGGCAACAACAACCGUGAACGCCGUCGUAGCCGUUCUCGUGCCCUUUCACGUUCUCGCUCCCGCAGACGGUCCCUGAGCGAUGGAGGACACAUUGACUGGGAAGAGCGCAACCGCCUCCUCGCCGACACAAGAACCAACAGCGCAGCAACCUCAGAUGCCGAAGACAACAACGAAGACAACGGACCAGAGUGCGUCGUUUGUUUCACGGGCAGACAACCCAAACACCGCCUCCCCUGCAGCUGCUGGAUGUGCCCGCGGUGUCUCCGGCGCUGUAUCCGCGCAGGUCUCCGGGCGGGAGGCUGGCCGCCGCGCUGCUGCGAACCGCUGCACCAGGACAACGUCGAGCAGGCAGCGGGCCGGGACCAUCCCGGGCUAGUGAGACUGUACCGGCAGGUCAGGGCCGAAGAGGAGACACCCGGGGAGGCGAGGGUGUAUUGCGCGCAGCCGGCGUGCGCGGCCUUCAUACCGAACGAGGGGCGGCACGUCACGGGCGAUGCGUUGUAUUGUCUUGCGUGCAGGCAGGGGACGUGUCGGCGGUGCAGGCGUCCGGUACAUCCGGGCACGCCGUGCAGUACCGAGGACGAGGACGAGAUGCUGAUGGAUGUCAUGGAUGAGAAUAAUCUCUCGCCUUGCCCGCGGUGUCAUCGUAUUAUCGAGCUUGCGGCUGGGUGCUACCAUAUAACAUGCGGUGGUAUGGGGCGGGAGGCCCGUAUACCCAUGCGCGAUCGGGAGACAAGGUAUCAGCAGGGACAACAUCCGGGAGAACAUCGAGAGGCGUACUUCAGGGACGCCAUUGCUCCGCCGCCGCUGCCACGGCCGCAACCGCCGACGCUGCCGCCGCAAGCUCAACCCUUUCCACAAGCAAAUACACCCGCAGGACUUGUCCAACCGCUGCAGAUGCAAGGCUUUCAACCCGUGGAAGAGAUCCCAUUGAUAGAACAGCGCUACAUGCAGAACAUGGAUCGAGCCGCUCGUAUUCGACAGGGCCAGGGAAGGUAUAGCAUCAUCAUGUACUACCCGGAUGGUUCCAACACGGAGAGACUCGAUACUGGCGAGCCGACCGCCGCGCCAGCAGACGCGGACCCCGCGAGCCGACCGCCGCGGGCCUGGCCCGUGUUUGAGAUCCACGCCGAGGAUCCCUUGUGUAGCCACCAGUUGCCAACAUCCUGGGAGGUGGAGGACAUGAACAACCGGGCCCAGCCGCCGGCAUGCGCAUCGGGCCUCCGGCUCAAAAUGUCUCUAUCCUCAGACGAAGAAGACCAAGUCCUCUUCGAUAACCAAUCCUUCGCCUCCGAGUCCAGCGACGGCGAAGAACUGCCCCCGCGACCCCUGCAUCACAACUACUUUGCGCCCCCCUUCUACGGUCGCCCGCCGACCCCUCUACCACCCUCACCUUCAUUGACAUCACUCCUGCGCCCUUCGCGACCGACGACCCCCGACGCCUCGGACGAUGACUUUGAGCCCGUGCCGCGCGCGUCGCCGCAGGUGCCGACCUACGAAUACUACGGCUUUGUGCUGUACCUCUUCUCGACGCUGACCUUCCUCGUAUACCUACUCUGGUCCUACCUGCCGUCGCCUUUCCUCCACGCGCUGGGGAUAUACUACUAUCCGAACCGCUGGUGGUCGCUCGCGAUCCCGGCUUUUCUCACGAUGUUGGGGGUCUACAUAUACAUUGCGCUCGCGGCGUACAACACGGAGAUUCUGACGCUGCCACUGAGCUCCAUUGAGACGGUAGUAGACGAUGCCUCGAAGAUCGGGGUCAUUGACAGCAAGGGACGGCUAAGGGAUGACCCGAAGAAGAGGUCGAGGAACAAGAGGGAUCACAGGUUACCUGGGGGAGGAUACGAUUGGAAGAAUAUUUGGAACGAGGGGACGGAUGCUGUGAUGGACAUUCCGUUGGCCGGCGCGUGUGAAGUUCUCUACGGAGAGGGCCGAGAUUUCGAAUCGGAAGACGAGUAUAUUGCAUCCCUGUCUCGGUCAGCAGCUCUCACCGAGAGCUUGUACAGUGUGUCGCGCUAUGACACGGUGGGGUGUGGCUGGAAUCUCAGCCUUGCACCUGCCUCCAACCACCGCGCCAAAUUUUGUCUAGACGCGACUUUCCAUCGAGCGCAGCAUCUCAACAACCCACCACGCCGUCCUCGAGCCAUCUCAAUUUUCUCGGUGGACUGUCGCUUCGUAUCAUCAAUUGCAGCCAUGUCGCAACAACCGCUGUCAUCGGCCGUCCAGCCGACCGACAUCUACGGAGGAGAUGAGGUCUCCGCUCUCGUCCUCGACCCAGGUUACUGCAGCACACGCGCCGGCUUCGCUGGUGAGGAUGUCCCCAAGUCCGUCUUUCCGUCCUUCUACGGCCGCGUUGGCACCUCCGAUACCCCGACAACCGUCUUCGGCGACGAGUGCCUGAUCCCCCGGGCCGACCUCGAGGUCCGCAACUACAUGACGCGCGACAGCGUCGUCGAGGACUGGGAUGUCGCCAACAAGCUCUGGGAGCACAUGCUCAUCACACGUCUUCAGCCCGGACGCCCUACUCACCCAUCCAAGAACGGCCUCAACGAUGACCCCAAGGAGGAAGUCGAGGGAGGCGAGGCCAACGGCGACGUUGAUGUCGCCAUGGAGGACGUAGAGUCGCAAGAGAAGGCCCUGCAGGAGAACCCGCUCUUGAUGACCGAGGCACCGUGGAACUCCUCAAAGUCCAGAGAGAAGGCUAUCGAGAUAAUCAUGGAGAACUGGGGCUGCCCUGCGUUUUGGCUCAGCAGAACGCCUGUCCUGGCUGCUUUUGCCGCUGGCAAGGCGAGUGCCCUGGUCAUUGACGUCGGUGGCUCCAACACUUCGGUUACGGCCAUUCACGACGGCAUGGUCCUGAAGCGAUCGAUCCAAAAGUCCCCAGUUGGCGGCCUGUGGCUGUCGUCCCAGAUUCGCAGCCUGUGGGAGACUUCAGAGCCCAAGAUUGAGCCCGUUCCUACAUUCAUGGUCGAGAGUAAGACUCCCGUCGAUGCAGGUGCUCCUCCUCAGUUCAAGGAACGCAAGUUCGACUUCUCCAUCAGCGACUCGUUCCGCGCCUACGAGGACGACCGCCUCCUCACGGAAUUCAAGGAGUCAGUGGUUGAGACUUGGCGUGGACCCGGCAAGUACACUAUGCCGCAGAACGAGGACUUCGCCAAGACGCAACCCGGCCGCGUCUUCGAGUUCCCCAACGGCGCAAACCAGAUGUGGCGCGAGCAGCGGUACAAGGUCUCCGAGGGAAUGUGGGACGAGACGGCCGCAUUCCCGACCACUAGCGAGGAGUUCCGACUUAACAAGUCGCAGACGAUUCCAGAGCUGAUUCGCGCCGCCCUGAACGCUGUCGACGUUGACCUGCGUCCCAACCUUCUCGGCAACAUUGUAGUUACUGGCAGUACCAGCUUGCUCAACGGCUUCAACGACCGCCUGAACAACGAGCUUACAGCCAUGUACCCUGGCCUCAAGAUUAAGAUCCACGCCGCCGGUCUUUCCAGCGAGCGUCGCUUUGGCGCCUGGAUCGGUGGUAGUAUUCUGGCCAGCUUGGGUACCUUCCACCAGAUGUGGAUCUCGCGCAAGGAGUACGAGGAGAACGGUGUAAGCAUCGUGGAGAAGCGCUGCAAGUGA